UUUUUUUUUUCUUCUCCUAAUUCAAUCUUUAUUUUUGAAAGUGAAAUUGCAAUCUCACCAUGCUCCCCACUGCUGGAAUCACACAGAUUUACACCUUCCCGGACACUGGCGCGUUGUCGCAGGGCCUUGACAAAUAUGUCGCCAAGCUGUCUGACGAGGCCAUUAAGCGCCACGGCAAGUUUACUCUCGCGCUUUCAGGAGGAUCUCUUCCCAAGCAGCUGAGCGCUGUCCUCAAGCAUAAUAAAUCUAUCGACUUUUCUAAUUGGAUUGUGUACUUUGCUGAUGAGCGCUGCGUUCCUCUGGACCACGAAGAUUCCAAUUACCUACUUGCUAAAAAGGAGCUUUUUGAUUUUGUUGAUAUCCCAGAGGAAAACAUUCAUACUAUCCUUCCUGACCUAGAUCUUGCCAACAAACCAUUGGCGGAAGCUCAGGAGGCGGCACAGGAAGCCGCAGAGGAUUACAUUUCGCAACUCGCCAAAACCUUUGCUACUAAAGACUCUGUCCGUUUCCCAGUCUUUGACCUAAUCCUGCUCGGCGUCGGUCCUGAUGGCCAUACCUGCUCACUUUUCCCAAAUCACGAGCUUUUGAACGAAACCGCAGAAUGGUGUGCCUCGAUUUCAGAUUCGCCGAAACCACCACCAUUCAGAAUUACGCUCACUUUGCCAGUGCUUAACCAUGCUCAUCAUGUGGCCUUUGUUGCUGCUGGUGAGGGAAAACAAGAUGUGCUUCAUCACAUUCUAGAUAAUCCUGGUCAUUUGCCUGCGCAGUUGGUUAAGCCCAAGACUGGUACUCUGAGCUGGUUCCUCGAUGACGCAGCAGCAGCUAAAGUCACUUCUGCCACUCAAAGGGGUCUUGAGCGACUUUAA